AAUCACCCGCUUCUUCUGCAAACCGAGGCGGCAGCACAGAGUGAGAUACUGAGUACUACACUGGGAUUGAACAUCUUGCCUGUUAAAAUGUCUUUCAAGCAAUCUUCUCCCACCACACCUGGGCAGUCUGGAGGGCCAGGGAGCGGCAGCCAAUUCACUGGGGAAUCAGACCUGAGGAUCAUCCUCGUCGGUAAGAGUGGAGGUGGGAAAAGUGCCACAGGAAACACCAUCCUUGGGCGGGAGGAGUUUCAGUCCAUACUGGCGGCAACACCCGUUACUCAGACAUGUAUUGAAGGUAGCAUGACCUGGAAUGGAAGGAAGGUUGUGGUUAUCGACACGCCUGCUAUUUUUGACACCAAGCACGCUAAUAAACAAACCACCCAUGAGAUCAGUCGCUGUAUGGAGCUCUCCUCCCCAGGCCCCCACGCUCUGGUGCUGGUGACCCAGCUGGGCCGUUUCACUGAGGAAGACCAGCGCGCCGUGCGGAGAGUACAAGAGAUUUUUGGCCAUGAGGCCUUGAAGUACACAAUCGUCUUAUUCACCCGCAGAGAAGACUUACGGAGCGGAACCCUGGAGCAGUAUAUCUCCCACUCGGAUAACAAACAGCUUCAGGAGCUGAUCGAAAAGUGUGGCAGCCGCUACUGCGCUUUCAACAAUAAAGCUAUAGGGAAGGUGAGAGGUGCCCAGGCUGAAGACCUCAUGACUAAGAUUGCUGAUAUGGUGGAGAAGGAGAACAAAGACCAACCGUUCUACACUAAUAAGGUGUAUGAAAAGACUAAGAGUCUUCCAAAGAUAAAAGAUGAAGGACCACAUAAGUAUACAAAAGAGGAGGCUGAAUUGACAGAAACAAAGAAAUCCUAUGAGAAAAAUGAAAAAGGCAGGGUUGAGCAAAAUAAUUCCUUAGGGUGCCAAAUCUCGUAAAAGCCUGCAGAAGAUGCAUGCCCUUUCAAGUGAGAGAACCUAAUGAGCGUUCUCUCUGUAUUAGUGCAGAAUGUUUGUACAGAGAUCAGUAAGUCAAACCAUUAAUUAGUAUUUGUUCUUUACUAAUAUUACGUACUGAGAAAUCUGUACUAAAGACAUCGUAUUGUGAUGGUUUUGUUCAAACAAUAUUGUUUAGAGAUUGUUGUGUAUUUUGUUGUCAUGAUUUUUGUUGCUAUGGCAACUGAGUUAGAUUAUUAUGGGUUAGCUCAGCCAGCUUCAGC